AUGGCGUCCAAAUACGGCUUUGCGAAGCAGCUGAAGGAGUUGCGCUUCCUCUUCUGUCAGACGAGCGAACAUAGCGCGGCUACAAGGAGCUUUCUCACCAAAUCUUACCCCACAAUGAAGAAGCACAACCCGUACACGCCCAUCCUGAUCCGAGAAGCGAACGGCACCGAGCCCAAACUCUAUGCACGAUACGAAUUCGGGAAGGAGAAGUCAGUUUCUCUGAAGGGUCUAGACGAUAAGGGCAUCGAACACAAGGUCACCGAGCUGGUUAAGGAAGCGAUAUAG